GUCUGGGGCUGGUCCACUGGAGCCAAGAUGGCCGACUUCGAGGAGCAGCUGUCGGAUGAAGACAAGGUCCGCAUAGCAGCCAAUUUUGUCACCCACGCUCCUCCUGGCGAGUUUAACGAAGUAUUCAAUGAUGUGCGGUUACUGCUCAACAAUGACAAUCUCCUCAGGGAGGGGGCUGCACAUGCCUUCGCCCAGUACAACAUGGAUCAGUUUACCCUCGCCAAAAUUGAAGGUUACGACGAUCAGGUCCUUAUCACAGAACAUGGGGACCUAGGCCACGGCCGCUUCCUGGACCCCCGCAACAAGCUGUCCUUCAAGUUUGAUCACCUGAGGAAAGAGGCCAGUGACCCCCAGCGCUACGAGGGGGAGGCGGCGCUGCAGCCCUGGAGGGAUGCCUGCGACAACGCCCUGAGGGAGUAUGUCAAGGAGCACUACCCCAGCGGUGUGUGCACGGUAUACGGGAAGACGAUCGAUGGACAGCAAACCAUCAUCGCCUGCAUCGAGGGUCAUCAGUUUCAACCCAAAAACUUCUGGAACGGGCGCUGCAGGUCAGAGUGGAAGUUCAGCAUCGGCCAGUCCUCUGCUCAGGUGGUGGGAGUCCUCAAAAUCCAGGUGCACUACUAUGAGGACGGAAACGUCCAGCUGGUCAGCCACAAGGACGUGCAGGAAACCCUGACUGUGUCCAGUGAAAAUCAGACUGCGAAGGAGUUUGUGAAAAUCAUUGAAAAUGCUGAAAAUGAUUACCAGACUGCCAUCAAUGAGAACUACCAGACCAUGUCAGACACCACGUUCAAAGCCUUACGCAGGCAGCUGCCCGUCACCCGCACCAAGAUUGACUGGAACAAGAUCCUCAGCUAUAAGAUCGGCAAGGAGAUGCAGAAUGCCUAGAGGAGCUUGCAUGGAUGGGUCUGCUUGUUACAAACAUGCACAAAAGACAAACCAAGGGGAAAAAGACAGAAAGCAGAUAUGAGAACCAGAAGGUGUGGUCUCAGAACAUGUGGCAUCAUGUGUCUAUUAUUAUUAUGUUGUUGUUUUUAAGAUGCCAUGGUUUGAGUCUGGUUUUGGGGAAUGGGGGGGGGUGGGAGAGAGAAGAGGGCUGCUUUGCUCUGCCCCAGCUAUGGGAGGGUAGCAGAUUACUUGAUAGGCUAAGCAG